UGUAAUGACAUCUUAGAAGAUUUUUCAUUCAUAGAAUAAUUUUUUCCUACUUUUUUGUUGCUUUGUUUCGUUUUCGGCAAUUAAAAAAUCUUCAAAAUGCGAAUCCCACACAUAAUAAAUAAAAACACCCUCGUGGCGUACAAUCCGUCGGCCGUGACUCUUUCCCUGCUCCACGAGCAGAACCGGCAACUACUCUCGGAGGAUUUAAUGCGCAAGGACCUACCGCCGACCCUGGUCUCACUCUGUGUAAUGGCCAUUGCCAAGAAUUUCGAAGCAUGUCCGAUCAUCAACGAGCUCGUGCUCUGCGCCGACCGUGAUUUCUUGCUGGAGAUACUACCGACCGAUCUCCCUCUGUCACUCGUGGUGCCUAUAAUUGAAGAUGAAAUAUAUUGGAUGCGACGGUACACAAACAAGUACGGUGUUAUGGCGCAACACUGUCACGUGGGUUGGACGUGGAAAUGCAUAUUUCUCGAGAAUCACAUUCAGGAAUUAAUCGAAACGGCGCAACCAGAGUACAACGAUGAAGAAAACUUGGAAGAAAUUACCAACCUAACAAACCUGUAUGUUCAUCGACUGGUAAUCUCCCAAUUACAAGCGUGGAAGUCCCCAUUAACAAUGGACGCUGAUGAAAUACCCGAAAUUCUUCCCUGUGAUCACAUUAACCUUGAACCAAUUUUCCGACGAUUGCAAAACGUGCAGGAACUUGUUAUCAAAUUCGGUAUGAAUAAUGUGGGCGAAAGUUUCCAGUGGAAUAUGUUUAGAGUAUCGAUUGACGACGCAAAACAUUUGGCAGCCGCGAUUGUAAAUCUUAAAACGCUCCGGGUGCUCGAUUUACACGCUUCAAACAUUGAAGAUAAACAUCUGCAAAUUUUAGCGCAGGAGUUAAUCAAAGUAGACACCUUGGAGGAACUGAGUAUGAAGAAUUGUUUGAUUGAAGACCAGGGUGCAUUAUGCAUAGCAAAAGUAAUGUUGACGCAUCCGACACUGCAGAAACUUAUCUUGGCGAAUAAUAAAAUCGGUGGACGCGGUGGUGAAGGCAUUGGAUAUGCACUUACGAAAGACACGUGUUGCCCGAUGAGACAUUUGGAUUUGCGAUUGAACCCACUUGGUCAUAUUGGCGUGAUGGGUUUGUUUCGAGCGCUUGUUCGAGUCCAAAAGGUGGAAGAACUUAUUAUUAGUGGGGUUGGUUUUGGUGAUGAGACGGGUAUAAGACUUGGGGCUGUAAUACAACUGAAUUCCGCUUUAAAAUUGCUGGAUGUUAGUAAUAAUUGGUGUAAACCUGGUGAGAAAGAAAUAUGCAACGCAAUAUUAACUAAUUCAACGCUCCAAUGGUUGGAUAUUAGAGAAACAGAUAUAUCUGAACCUUACUAUGGUAGUAUUAUGAGGAGACUUAAAAAGAACCGCAAAAAUGAUCCGAAUGCCGAAGAGGAAGAAGAAGAGGCGGGAGAAGAAGAAGAAUUAAUGUAUGAAGCAGAAUAUUUUAAUGAAGCAUAUGAAGGUGAAGGCGAAGAGGGUACGUACUUCUUACAUGUUGAAGAAGAACAAGAAGAAGAAAGCGACCUUGAAGUAGAAGAUGCUGUCGAUACAUCAAUUGCAUCGUAAAUUCACGCAAAUCAGUUGUUUGAAAAUCGCCCCGAGAAGCGGCAUUUAAAUUAAAAUCAUUUCAUUCACAAUACCAACCACAUUUGCAUACAUACCUAUAAUCUGCAUUGUUUACGCGAAUAUGAUUAUUGGAUUCCACAAAUUAUAAGUAUGUAUAUAUACACUACAUAUAUUGCAUUAAUACGUUGAUGGGAAGCGUUGAUGUUAACAAGUGAUCCCUUUGUGAGGCAUUAUUAUCAGAAUUAUGCCCGUGUUCAGUACGGCUGAAAGCGAGAACAACUUCUGGGAAUACAAAUCGUCCCACUAUAGCGUUGCAAUAUUAAUCCAAUUAUUUGAACUUUACCCCACGCAUGCCCCAAUUAAAUUUAAACGAGAAAUACCUGUUUGUCGCCAACGUUCUUCGUACUGGUUAGGCUACACUUAUUAACUGAAAUGACAUGAAUGUCUGAUUAUACUUUACUUACUCCUUACUUGCUUGCCACAAACACGAUUGCAACUUAUAACUAUAUCAAUGAUGAUAAGCAUGUAAAGUGUGAAUGCAAAUUUAUGCGUCAAACGGCCAUCUUUGAAAUUAAACCACGAUAUAGCAAGUUAUGUUCAAAUUAGGCUCCCAUUGAUACACACACCGCCAUCUAUGAACAAACACAUACAUUAAUCAAAAUAACGUUUAUUUUUGUCAGUCUUCGGCGGAUUGAACAUGAAAACGCAAAAAUAAAACGAUGGAGAACUAUAAACACAACACAUAGCUUGUAUCAACUGUAUCAUAAUUGGCAAAUGCAUAAAAUAUAAAUUAUAAACAUAAUACGUAAAUAUAAAUAAAAAUAAAUGUAGUACAA